CCCCCCCCCUUCCUCUUUUCCUUCCUCUGCAGCCGCCCUGAGAUGUCGUUUGCCAGGCGACAAACCCCAAGGCUGUAUGUCGGAGCGUGAUUAAGCUCCCUGGUCAUCAUCAUUCCCCAGCCCGUCGGUUCGUCUGGUUGGUCCACCCAGCGUGGCUCCAGUUGCCUCGACUCCCGAAUCCAGUCUCCAUCCGCUGCCAGCUGGCGUGCGUCGGCUCCAGCCCAGCAAGCGCAUCAUCACCGCGUCGUUGCCGCUCGCUGCACAUCAUACAUUUGCGACGCAUUUCGGCAGCUCCGUCACCAACCUUUGCCGACCUGUUGCAAGGCGCGCAGUUUGUCACUCCGCGCAAACGCAGCAACUCGCCUCGACACACGCUGCGCCCGACGACGACAUCACCAUCACGGAAGCCCCUCCAUCAAGCGCGAGCGGCGCCAUGCCCCGCACCAGCUUCUCGCGGAAUCCCCUUCUCAGGGUCUCGCGGCCCGUCUCAGCUUGCUCGCGAUGUCGUCUCGCCAAGGUCAAGUGUGACGGCAAAUUGCCUGCUUGCACUGCCUGUGAAAAGGCAGGCCGCCAGAGCGAAUGCUCUGCAGCCAACGAUCAGUUUGCUAGAGGCAAGGAACGGAGCUAUGUCGCCGCACUUGAGCUGCGCAUCGAAAAGCUCGAAAGACGCCUGCAGUACGCCAAGUCGCGCAAGGCCUCGGUUGCUCAGCAUGAUCCGGACGCGUCAACCGUACCCGAAGUCGACAGGAGGGACUCGCUUGCCACCAUCAGGGCGGCCAUUCAUCGCAAGGCUGCCAAGAACCGUGAGAACCACGACGUCAACUCCAUUGUUUCAGACUUUGGAUCUUUGUCUGUUGAUGCCGUGACACGAGACUUCGAGCCGUCAGCCGGCAACAUUACUUUUGCGAGGCUCGUUUUGGCUGCGACAACCAACGACGAUAUUCCCGAGCCUAGGAAACCCAACUUGCCCCCCAGACAGGUAGCCCUGGACCUGGUCCAGGCGUUUAUGCGGAGUGUCUACGCCCUUUUCCCAUGCUUCUCAGAAACGGCUUUGUGGACCAUCCUCGACGAUGUGUAUCAACAAGACCACCGGGUCGUCAAGGAUUCGGAUUUCUGGCUCUUGUACAUGGUGCUUGCCAUCGGUGCGACAGUCCAAAGCCAAAAAAUCAACGACGACUACUAUCGCCAGGGCAUUGAUUUCGUCUCCAAGGCCUUGAGCCACGCCGACAAGGCGCUCACGCCCGGGUACAUCACGCAGAUCCAAUCACUACUGCUGCUUACCAUCUAUUCCUUGUUGGAUCCAGCCCACUUCGACAGCUGGCAUCUCAUUGGCUUCACCACGCGCGCAGUCGUUGACGUGGGCCUUCACCAAGAUCCGCCAUCGUCGUCGGUGUCGGACAAGUCCGCCUUGGACAUGAGACGCAAGAUCUUCUACUGCACUUAUGCGUUGGAUCGCGUCAUCAGCAUGGCUCAGACCCGAACCUUCUCUUUCACCGAUGAGUCCGUCAAUGUUCAACUGCCAGGCACCAGAGACGCACCACGCAAAGAGUCGCUCUCGGGGCCCAUGUCGGGCCCGCAGUCAGCGGACCAGGCUCAACUCUUGUUUCAGCUUCGCCGCGCACAGUCAUACUGGUACCAGGAACUCUACCAAUCAAGAGCGCCGCCAUUUGCCCACCCGUUGGCGUUUGUCUGGCAGAUAUGCUUGGACAUGAGGGACUGGGGUGAGAAGCUGCCCAGCACCCUUUCGAUGGGCACGCGACGCAUGUUCGAGCAGGAGCUCUGGUACAGCUAUGUCUACUGCAUCGCUCCGUCCUCCAGAGCACCGGACCUGAGCAACUAUGCACGAAAGCUCAUCUUUGAGUAUUCCCUGGCCUACCUCGACAGCAUGUACGACACAGCACAUGCCGGGCUGAGUCAGGCGUUCUAUACGUAUCUGGACGCCUGGAAGGUUUAUUUCAUGGCGAACCAGUUCAUUGCGGUCCUCAAUGAUGCGGAGGACCUGGUGCUAUCUGGGGUCCUGAUUGCCCCUCCAGCAACGUUGCCAGGCUCUGCUCCUGCUCCUCCGAUACCCCGUCGCCACCUGCCGCAGGGCGAUGCAGCGGGCGAAAACCUCAAAAGAAGUAUUUGGUGUCUUGAGCGGAUCCCUCAGACGCUAGGCAUAUACGGCACGCGCUGGAUGGACGCGGAAGGGUUGAAGAGGCACGUCGAGGAGAGUGUCGGCCAGACUCUGGAGCGUCUACGAAAAAGACAGCGGAUGCAGAGGGCGGCACAGCAGCAUCCUGUUCAGUACCAGAUGCACCAAGCCAUGGCCCCGCAGAUGCAGGGUCAGAUGAUUGACAUGAGGUGGGCCGGUAUCGAUCCGUCGCAGAUGACGCAGGGCGGAGGAGCACCUCGCUGAGGGACUGGUACGCACAGCGUUGGAGAGGCCCAGGCACGGUUGUCGGUGUUGUGAUGGUGGUGGUGGUGGUGAUGGUGGUGGCGGCGGCGGCGUGUGUGCAUGGCCGCGACGGCGUUUGGACACGGCAUGCCGGACAGGCUGGUCAGUAAAUAUACCCAUUCCUGAUAGAUGUAGAUUGAACGGCGGUGCGUUUGGAC